CCGCCCGUUACCGCAAGAACUCUGGACGUUCUCUCUUUGGUGUGCUCGCAUGCCACGGUCUGUGUGCGACGCAUUUGCAGCCAUGUCUCAUUGUAAGACAGGUUGAUUUGAUUUGAGGACACACCGCUUUCUCCCUGCAUAAUCGCAGCAGGUGAUGACAUCUGGAUGCCUGAAGAGUACCUAUUGCUUGUUGAUGGCCAUGUUGUGGCAGCAGCAAAGAUGUUCAAGCAAGCAUUCCGCAUGCUGUUUGCAGCUUACUGCUGCUUCCACAUUUGUUAUGCAGAGAAGGCGUCAUGCACACUUGAAUUCAUACAAAGAUGCACCUGUAUGAUAAAAGUCAAAAGUCACAUCUCCUGGGUGUUAGGUGGAGAAACGGUGCACGAAAAUCGGGGACAGGACGAGAAGUACACAGCAGGCGUUGGCAUUUUCGGCAUAAACCCAGACCGUGGACGGAAGGGCAAAAGAGGAAAUGUGGCGGUCAGCAAGAAAGUUCUUGCCUUGGUGCAGCGCAUUACUGAGUGUGAAUGGAAUGUCCAGGAAGGGGAGAGUUCCGCAUCCCGACUACCCUGA